AUGUUUGGUGUAGAAAAUACAUACUGUAUAGGUUUCACAGCUGUUCAUAAGACAGGGGUUAUAAAAAAUACACUCAAUCCAACAUGGCGACCUUUCCAAAUUCCAGUAGCAAAACUUUGUAAUGGGGAUUAUGAUAGAACUUUGAAGAUUGAAUGCCAUGACUGGGAUAGUGACGGAAGCCAUGAUUUUAUAGGAGAUUUUACCACUAAUGUAAGGGAACUAACUGGCAAACCAAAUCUUAGUUUUGAGUUAAUUAAUCAGAAGAAAAAGUCUAAGAAGAAAAGCUACAAAAAUUCAGGACAGAUUCAUUUGCUCAAUAUUAAGAAAGAAAUCAAGCCAUCAUUUUUAGACUUUUUAAAAGGAGGGACACAGUUAAAUUUCACAGUGGCAAUAGAUUUUACUGGAUCCAAUGGAAAUCCUGCCUCCCCCCACUCUCUACACUAUAUCAACCCCUAUCAACCCAACCAGUAUGUGGCAGCCAUACAAGCUGUAGGGGAGAUUAUCCAGGACUAUGAUAGUGACAGACUAUUCCCUGUGUUAGGAUUUGGUGCUAAGUUACCAGACGGAACUGUUUCACAUGAAUUUCCUGUGAAUUUUAAUGCAGCCAAUCCGUAUGUGCAGGGUAUAGCUGGUAUUUUAGAUGCUUAUCAGAAUGCAAUAAGAAGAGUUCAGCUUUAUGGACCUACCAACUUUGCUCCUGUAAUUAAUCAUGUAUCAAAGUUUGCAGCCUCAGUAAGAGAUGGGUCUAAUUACUUUGUCCUGCUGAUACUGACAGAUGGAGAAAUCUCAGAUAUUAGGAAUACUAUUGAGGCUAUAGUCAAUGCCUCUCACUUGCCUCUUUCCAUAAUUAUUGUAGGUGUGGGAAAUGCUGAUUUUACAGCAAUGAAUGUGCUCGAUGCAGAUGACCAAAGAUUGUGUUCAAAUGGAAAGUACGCUCUCCGAGACAUAGUACAGUUUGUUCCUUUCCGAGACUUCCUAGGAGGCCAGUCAGGAGGAAACACUCAGAUAUCCCAAGCAGCACUGGCCAAAGAGGUGCUGGCAGAAAUACCAGGACAAGUGGUGCAAUACAUGCAAGCCAACAAAAUCACUCCUAAGCCACCAAGGACUGACAUUCUUCUUCCUGGACAAAGUCCACCGCAGCAAAACCCAGGGCAAAACCCCCCUCCCCCUCCUCCAACCCAGAAUCAGGGACCCAUGCCAGCAUGGGUAAAGGCUCCCCCUGGGGGCCCCUCUGCUCCUCCCCCAGCUGAAGGUGGCUCUUGUCCUUACCCCCAGCAGGGACCCUGGUGAAGUAAAUAAUGAGGGAUUGUCAAUUUCAAAAGUUCUAAAGCUGAUGCUAAGCUUAAACCUCUCACAAAAAUGCAUGUUUUUCUCAAGCUAAUUAACUCACUUUUUACAAAAAAAAUAUAAUUAUCUUUGAUGUUAUAUACAUAUCCUUGCUGAAAUGUAAAAACUUUAACUAUAGUUAAACUUUAACUAUAGUAACUAAAGUUAGUCUAAGAACUUUAUGAUCAACCUUUGUUUAAUGACAUAAUAUUAUAUACUUUAUACAUUUACAUAUUUUUCAUAUUUUAUAUUUUUGCAUUUGUUAUUAAGGCAUAUUAGCUUGUUUUUUUUUGUUUUGUUUUUUUUACUUUGCAGUAUUGCUCUUUAAUGUUCCUUGUAACACAUUGUGAUCAGGGUAUGGAAAGUCAACUAAGUAUAAAUAACCAAUAGAAAGAUGUGUAUUAUUUUAUGAUUUUCUCUCUUUCUUUUUUUUUUUGUUCAUUAUGCACUUAUUCACCAUUUGGUUUUUAUAGUAAUUAAAUCGGUAUUUGAACUUUUUAGCUUAUGAAAUUACAUGUACUGUAGAUAAUAUUCUAUUAUGCAUUUCAUUUAAAACAUUGACAUUUGUUUAAUUUAUCAUAAAUACUGAUAAUUUCUAAUGCUGAGAAAUGUAUAUUAUCUCAAAUACUGAAUAUACUUGGAGAAAAAUUGAAAUAAAACAGAAGGGUAAACAUAGAAAUUUGGUUUCGUUUAGUUAUCUAUCUUUUUUUUUGUCUUUCUACUUAGUGUAAUGCAUGCAUAUGUUCAAAAUAAAGUGCAUAUAAUCUACAAUUAAUGUUCUAGCCACCCUUGUAAAUUUCAGCACCUAAAUGUUACUAAAUUAUCUGAACCAAACUUUCACAUAUGGAGUGUCACUUUGAUAGAUGCAAAGUAACCUUAAACAAAGUGUUUGGCCCAUCUGUGUUCCAGUGGUUUUAUCAAUGUAAGUUGUUCAUACAAACCUCCAUCCUAAGUGGAAUUUCAAUUUCAUUCUAUUUUUUUCUUUGGUAAAAAGAUUCCUUGCGAAAAACUGAAUAUUUAUUAUGUAUAUUUAAUUUUUUUUGUGUUCCUUUAUAUCAUAAUUGAUUUUCAUUCAUCACUUUAACUAUAUAUGUACUUCUUCAUAUAGGGUAUUUGUGAGAAUUUAACUUUUAACAGAAUAUACCCAUUUUUUGCCAUGGCAUUUCUUGUAAUAUUUAUCUGACAUAAUCUGGAAUGUACAUUUUUGUUUCAAACAAAAGUUUUCUAGUCAAAAAAAAUUUGAGCAUUAUAAUUAAUGGUGUUACUAAGGUAACCAUUAUGUGUUCACUUUGUACUUUUUGUGAAUUUUAUUUCUUUUUAAUCUCAAAAACACAAGUCUGUAAGCCAGUGAGUUGUUACAAUGACCAAUAUCUGACUUGAAAUAAUAGAAAAUGUGUAAAUAAUUUGCAUUUUUUCAAAGUUCAGUAAAAAGGCUGGCACUUUUCAAUGCAACAGUGAUGACUAAAGUACAAAUGUAAUCAAGAUAAAGGAGUUUUGCGGGUUAAAAUUUAAACGUUUUUAUAUUUGUGCUGGAUGUUUAAAAAUGCACUAUACUGCUUUUAACUUUCUUUUGCUAAUACAUGUAAUUUUUUUUAAUCCAUAUUUGUAAAUUGUAAAGAUAUGACUUUAUUUGUUAAUUUAUUAACUAGUACAUGUAUAGGUAAUUAAAAAAAAUUAAAAUGUAUUAAUAAUUUAUAAUAU